AUAAAAUUUCAAUUUCUCAAUGUAUUUAAUGCAAUGAUUUUAGCUUUUGACUUUUUAAUUUCUGUGUAUUAGAGUUUGAAGUUUAGCAAUAGUAUAAAAAAAUAUAAGAUGUAUUAUAUGGACAAGCUACCAACGGUAAUCAGCUGUUGCUUUUGCUGUUUUCUAAGAGCUGGUACUGUAAUGAUAGCUAUAUUUUCAUUUAUAGUUGGCCUCAUUUUCGUUCCCAACGUGAGUUAUGCCAAAGGUUUCUGGGAUAUGAACUCCAUACUUUCGAACUAUAGUUCGGCUACAGAGAGCAACAUACAAUUGUUCCUGGGUAUAUUGUCUAUUAUGCUGUGUGCAGUUAGUGUGCUCCUGCUCAUUGGUGCUUGCUGCAAUCUGCCAAUUCUGAUUGAGAUAUACCAGUGGGGUGCGGUGGUGUACUGCUUGGGUGUGAUGCUGCUGUUCUUCAUUCUCGCUGCAUUCUGCUUCUUCAUCCACACCAACUGUUAUCUGGCCGGGGGUGCACUCUGCGCACUUAUCAUCUGUGACAUUCUAUUGACCGCGUACUUCGUUAUGGUAGCUAAUAGUCUUCGCAUGUCAUUGAAGUUCCUCAACGACGAAGGUAUAAUAUGAUAUAAUUAGAUCAUACCACCGUUACUUUGAUUGCAACAUAAAAAUAUAACACUAAUUGCCUCACAAAAC